CUGUGUACUUCCGUUAUUCGUGUUGCCCAAGAAAACUUUCAUGCCUUGUCUUUAAAACCCUUUGCAAAAGCACCAUACGAUUCUCUCUCUUUCUCAUGCUCUAAAACCUGAUUCUUAAACCCCACAUUCUAGUCAACCAUUUGUUCAGUUAUGGCCACUUCUGUGCUUCUUCGGUCUCUAAAGCAUCAGAAGCUUCGAACUUCUUCUUUAGCAGCUUGCAGAUCCUUCAUAGGUGGCAGUGCGAAGACAUCAUUUGCUACCUCUCCUUUUGUUAACAAAUGGGCAUCCUUGGCAAGACCCUUUAGCUCUAGGCCCAUUGGCAGCGAUGUUGUUGGUAUUGACUUGGGUACCACCAAUUCAUGUGUUUCAGUUAUGGAGGGAAAGAAUCCCAAAGUUAUUGAGAAUGCUGAAGGUGCUCGAACCACACCAUCAGUGGUUGCCUUUGACAAGAAAGGGGAGCUGAUUGUGGGAACCCCAGCCAAACGUCAGGGUGUGACCAACCCGUCCAACACAUUUUCUGGUACCAAACGUCUCAUAGGGAGACGAUUUGAUGACCCUCAAAUACAAAAAGAAAUGAAGAUGGUGCCUUAUAAGAUUGUUAGAGGUCCUGCUGGAGAUGCUUGGCUUGAAGCCAAUGGAAAGCAGUACUCACCAGAACAGAUUGGGGCAUUUGUUCUUACCAAGAUGAAAGAAACUGCUGAGGCAUACCUUGGUAAAACAGUUUCUAAAGCUGUGAUCACUGUUCCAGCUUAUUUUAAUGAUGCACAGAGGCAAGCAACAAAGGAUGCUGGACGAAUUGCUGGUCUAGACGUUCAGAGAAUCAUUAAUGAACCAACUGCUGCUGCACUGUCUUAUGGGCUAAACAACAAGGAAGGCCUUGUAGCUGUUUUUGAUCUUGGAGGUGGAACUUUUGAUGUUUCAAUCCUGGAAAUAUCAAAUGGUGUCUUUGAGGUCAAAGCUACAAAUGGAGAUACUUUUUUGGGAGGGGAGGACUUUGACAAUGCACUUCUAGAAUUCUUGGUGAAUGAGUUUAAGAGAACUGACGAGAUUGAUCUUUCAAAGGACAAGAUGGCACUGCAGAGGCUUCGGGAAGCAGCUGAAAAAGCUAAGAUAGAACUCUCAUCUACAAGUCAGACUGAUAUCAACCUUCCAUUUAUUACUGCUGACGCUUCUGGUGCUAAACAUUUUAAUAUCACACUGACCAGAUCAAAGUUUGAGACUUUGGUGGAUCACUUGAUUGAGAGGACCAAAAAUCCAUGCAACAACUGUGUAAAGGAUGCUGGGAUAUCAGUCAAGGAUGUGAAUGAAGUUCUUCUUGUGGGAGGGAUGACCCGUGUUCCCAAGGUACAAGAGAUAGUUACACAAAUCUUUGGGAAGACCCCAAGCAAAGGAGUAAAUCCUGAUGAGGCAGUUGCUAUGGGAGCUGCAAUUCAAGGUGGUAUCCUUCGUGGAGAUGUUAAGGAGUUGCUUCUGUUGGAUGUGACUCCUUUAUCACUUGGCAUUGAAACUCUUGGAGGCAUCUUCACCAGGUUGAUCAACAGGAACACAACCAUCCCUACCAAGAAGUCACAGGUCUUCUCUACCGCUGCAGACAACCAAACUCAGGUAGGAAUCAAAGUUCUCCAAGGUGAGCGUGAAAUGGCAGCUGACAACAAGCUUUUGGGUGAGUUUGAGCUAGUUGGUCUUCCUCCUGCACCUAGAGGCAUGCCACAAAUUGAGGUGAUGUUUGAUAUUGAUGCAAAUGGAAUUGUUACGGUUUCUGCUAAGGAUAAGUCGAUAGGUAAAGAACAGCAGAUUACAAUCCGAUCCUCUGGAGGCCUCUCUGAGGUUGAGAUUGAAAAGAUGGUCAGGGAGGCUGAGAUGCAUGCUCAAAGAGAUCAGGAUAGAAAAACUUUGAUUGAUAUUAAAAAUAGCGCUGACACAACCAUAUACAGCAUCGAAAAAAGCUUGGGCGAGUACAGGGACAAGAUUCCUACUGAGGUUACAUCAGAAAUAGAGGCUGCCGUUGUGGAUCUGAGGAAAGCAAUGUCCAAUGAAAAUAUCGAUGAGAUCAAGGUAAAGGUUGAUGCUGCAAAUAAAGCUGUUACAAAGAUUGGAGAGCACAUGUCUAAAGGCUCAGGAAGAUCAUCCCCGGGAGGAUAUCAGGGUGAUGAGCAGCCCCCAGAAGAAGAAUAUGAAGAGGUCAACAAAUAGAAGUUCUUAAAUCAGAUCACAUGAUAUAAGAUAAUACAAUUAUUUUUUUCAUGAGUUUCCAAAAUCCUUUUUCAGCGGUUCUGUAGUUAAUUUAGGGUAGACUUUACAUGAGAAUUUAUUGAGAAGAUUGUCAUUUGUGAAUGCAAUCUUAAAUUGGCCCCACAUUAAAAUUGAAUCCAUUGGAAUCAAUUUUGAAUUCAUUUUUGCUGCAUCUUGAAGUGGCUUCUGCUAUUAUUUUCGCAAAUACAAUAGGAAGUACUCAUGCUAUCUUGGCAAAACUGGACUAAUUAAUAUAGGUUCAGAAGAUCUUAUACUAUA